AUGACAGAUUUUGAUUCAAAUGUUUCUGGGAUGGAAGGAUCCAUUAGCAGCGGGGAGGUGUGGUCAACACAUUCAGAUGAUUGGGAGAUCAGCUCUGAGGAGACUGAUCCAGAUGAGACAUUUAGGGAGAGAGUGGAUUACUCUCUGCUUGGCCAUCACACCCAUGGGCAAUUGGCGAAGAGUUACGAGCUUGAGAGUGAGGACCCUAAAGAGGAGGACCCUGAGGAGGAGGACCCUGAGGAGGAGGAACCCAUGGAGGAGGAUCCUGAGGAGGAGGACCCCGAGGAGGACCCUAUAGAGGAGGAUCUCGAGGAGGAGGAGCCGGAGGAAAACCCUAUGGAGGAUGAGGAUCCAGAGGAGGAGCCCAUGGAGUGGGAAUUUGAGGUUAUGCAAGAGCCUCUACUUGGUGGGAUACUAGAGGGAAUUCCACUUGGAUGA